AUGAACAGCGUUCGAUCUUUCUGGCUCGGAUGGGGCUCCCUCUUUGUCGCCGGAGGCGGCGCCUACUACUUCGCUAAGCAGAACGUCAAAGAACAGCGCGUGGCCAAGCUCAAAGCACAGCGUGAGAAGCAGGCAGCCAACUGGGCCUUUGAACACGGGGAGCCAGCAUCUUCCGGCAACGGUGUGAACGGUGGCGCAGCAAGAACCGAUUAUACCGGCUCGCCAAGUCAGGAAGCAGGUAGCGAUCCCGCGGCAACAAGACAUGCGCCAGCAACAGAGUCCGAGCAGGUAACCGAGAAGAGCAAAUACGAGAGUGCUAUACCGAUGCGUACACGCAGAGGGGACCGUUUCAGUUAG